AUGGAGAUUUAUUCCCCAGACAUGUCCGAGGGAGCAGCCGAGAGGUCCUCCACUCAGCUGAGUGCAGACCCAUCUCUUGACGGGCUUCCGGCAGCAGAAGACAUGCCAGAGACCCAGACUGAAGAUGGGCGAACCUCCGGACUCAUGGGCCUGGCAGCUCCCUGCUGUGUCUGCCUGGAAGCUGAGCGCCUGAGAGGUUGCCUCAACUCGGAGAAAAUCUGCAUUGUCCCCAUUCUGGCUUGCCUAGUCAGCCUCUGCCUCUGCAUUGCUGGCCUCAAGUGGGUAUUUGUGGACAAGAUAUUUGAGUAUGACUCUCCUACUCACCUUGACCCUGGGGGGUUAGGCCAGGACCCUAUUAUUUCUCUGGAUCCAACCGCUGCCUCAGCUGUGUGGGUAGCAUCUGAGGCAUACACUUCACCUGUCUCUAGGGCUCAAUCUGAAACUGAGGUUCAAGUUACAGUGCAAGUUGACAAUGCCGUUGUGUCCUCUGAACCUUCAGCGGUCCCGACCCCGAAGAAUCGUAUUUUUGCUUUUUCUUUCCUGCCGUCCACUGCAGCAUCCUUCCCUUUCCCCACUCGGAACCCUGAGGUGAGAACACCCAAGUCAGCAACUCAGCCACAAACAACAGAAACUAAUCUCCAAACUGCUCCUAAACUUUCUACAUCUACGUCAACAACUGGAACAAGCCAUCUUGUAAAGUGUGCAGAGAAGGAGAAAACUUUCUGUGUGAAUGGAGGCGAGUGCUUCAUGGUGAAAGACCUUUCAAACCCCUCAAGAUACUUGUGCAAGUGCCCAAAUGAGUUUACUGGUGAUCGCUGCCAAAACUACGUAAUGGCCAGCUUCUACAAGCAUCUUGGGAUUGAAUUUAUGGAAGCGGAGGAGCUCUACCAGAAGAGAGUGCUGACCAUCACCGGCAUCUGCAUCGCCCUGCUUGUGGUCGGCAUCAUGUGUGUGGUGGCAUACUGCAAAACCAAGAAACAACGGAAAAAGCUGCAUGACCGGCUUCGGCAGAGUCUUCGGUCUGAGCGAAACAACAUGGUGAACAUAGCAAACGGGCCUCACCACCCCAACCCACCCCCCGAGAACGUCCAGCUGGUGAAUCAAUACGUCUCUAAAAACGUCAUCUCUAGUGAGCAUAUUGUUGAGAGAGAAGCGGAGACAUCUUUCUCGACCAGUCACUAUACCUCUACAGCUCACCACUCCACCACUGUCACUCAGACUCCUAGUCACAGCUGGAGUAAUGGGCACACUGAAAGCAUCAUUUCGGAAAGCCACUCUGUAAUCAUGAUGUCAUCAGUAGAGAACAGUAGGCACAGCAGCCCCUCUGGGGGCCCAAGAGGACGACUUAAUGGCGUGGGAGGCCCUCGCGAGUGUAACAGCUUCCUCAGGCAUGCCAGAGAAACCCCUGACUCCUACCGAGACUCUCCUCAUAGUGAAAGGUAUGUGUCAGCAAUGACCACCCCGGCUCGUAUGUCACCUGUAGAUUUCCACACGCCAAGCUCCCCCAAAUCGCCCCCUUCGGAAAUGUCUCCACCUGUGUCCGGCACGACGGCAUCCAUGCCCUCCAUGGCAGUCAGCCCCUUCGUGGAAGAAGAAAGACCUCUGCUUCUCGUGACACCACCGAGGCUGCGGGAGAAGUGUGACCGCCACCCCCCGCAGUUCACCUCCUACCACCAUAACCCCGCGCAUGAGAGCAACAGCCUGCCCCCUAGCCCCUUGAGGAUAGUGGAGGACGAGGAGUAUGAAACCACCCAGGAGUACGAGCCAGCUCAAGAGCCUGUUAAGAAACUCACCAGUAGCCGGCGGCCCAAAAGAACCAAGCCCAAUGGCCACAUUGCCAACAGGUUGGAAAUGGACAGCAACGCAAGUGCAGAAGGCACUCACUCAGAGAGCGAGACAGAAGAUGAGAGAGUAGGGGAAGAUACCCCCUUCCUGGGCAUUCAGAACCCCCUGGCCGCCAGUCUUGAGGCAGCACCUGCCUUCCGCCUGGCGGACAGCAGGACUAACCCAGCAGGCCGCUUCUCUCCGCAGGAAGAAUUGCAGGCCAGGCUGACGAGUGUAAUCGCUAACCAAGACCCUAUCGCUGUAUAAAACCUAAAUAAACACAUAGAUUCACCUGUAAAACUUUAUUUUAUAUAAUAAAGUAUUCCACCUUAAAUUAAACAAUUUAUUUUAUUUUAGCAGUUCUGCGAAUAGAAAACAGGAAAAAAACUUUUAUAAAUUAAAUAUAUGUAUGUAAAAAUGUGUUAUGUGCCAUAUGUAGCAAUUUUUUACAGUAUUUCAAAACGAGAAAGAUAUCAAUGGUGCCUUUAUGUUCUGUUACGUUGAGAGCAAGUUUUGUACAGUUACUGUGAUUGCUUUUCCACAGUAUUUCAGCAAAACCUCCCAUAUAUUCAGUUCUCGCUGGCUUCUUGUGCAUUGCGUUAUGAUGUUGACAGGAUGUAUGAUUUGUGAGACUUGCAACUUCCCCUCCGUUUGCUUCUAGUAGCGCCCGAUCAGUACGUCUUGUAAUGGCACAUCCAUCCAAAUACUCUUCUCUUUUGUACGAAGUUUUCUUUUGCUUUCGGUAUACGAAAUGAGUUGUGUCUACUCCGCCAGCCAAAGGUUCGCUUCACUGGGCUCUGAGAUAAUAGUAGAUCCAACAGCAUGCUACUAUUAAUUACAGCAGGAAACUGCAUUAAGUAAUGUUAAAUAUUAGGAAGAAAGUAAUCUUGUGAUUUUUUUUUUUAAACUAUAUUCUUCAUCAGAAGACAGCUGGCUCUCACUAGAAAAGAGCAGCCAUUUGCUUUCUUUUGGUUUCUUUUUCUUGACAAAGAGCAACAGUUUGGGGGAGAGCAUAGAACUCGGGCUCUGGCUUGCUAUCAGGGUACAUCCAUCACUUUAUAAGAGGACUCGCCUCGCCUUCUGGGGGAAUGACACAACAGGUCAUCUAGCUGAAGAGCAAAUGGUGGCUGAAAAAGGUGCAAUCGUUCCUGACUUGGGUUGUCCACUGAUUUUGGAGCCAGGGAUUGGUUGUGUCCUAACAGCUGGAGAAUAGACGUGUCAUGGCACAAGCCAACCAGCUGAAACAGCACACUCAGCAGUUGGUCUGCAAUGCUUCUGCAGUGAAAUGUGCCUGCUGUAUGUGGUGGUGAUUAGUCACCAUAGGCAAUAUUUCUGUUGUAGUGUGUCUAGAAACAGUGAAUGUAUAGAAGGCGCAGGUGGAGAACAGCUGUGUGACAUGAUUGCAGUUUUAAACAGUUUUGUUGACCGCUCCCUCCUCCUCAUGAUUUUUCUCUUGUUUUUCGAUGUUGCCUUGAUUAGGUCACAACUAUGCAUGAACAUUUUUGUCAGGAAUGGCCAAUGUGCAUGUGAUUUGUGAUUAGCGAGAACCUUCCACGAGCGAUGAUUCAUCAGGAAAUGUUGGUAGUGUUGAAAAGAUUGCACCUUUCCUUGCAGAAGUGACCCCCACCUGUGUACUGACCUCUCCAUCUGCAGCCCUUAUCAUCCAUCCCUGCCCCACUUCUUACUUUCUGCUUUACUGUCACAAAACAGGAUGAAGACGGGUCUGAACUUUGCAUGUUCUCUGUGAUUGUAAGUCCAAAGAAGGCCUAGAGGUGUUACCAUUUGAGAUAACUGCUGAUUCAGGAAAACAAGGCAAUUAAAAAACAAAAACAACGCAGACCCCAUUUCAUGCCCUGCCAGGUAUCUGUCAAAGCUGGCUAGAGCUCUACUUAGAUUCCCAGUGACCUCCUAGGAUCCAUGCGACAAAAUGGGAAGCAGGUUGACAGGGGGUUCAGAAUACCAGGUGUGAAGUCAGCGAAAGCAACGGCUCCUUGUUUGCAGGUGAACUGAAUUUAGUUCCUCAUCAAAUUUCUAUAUGAACAUUAACGAGGAGACGUGACAGGCAAGGAGGUCUUGGGGAAACGUGGGCUGGGCAUGGGUCAUGUCAUUAAGCUCCUUACAUGUUUCUGCAACCCACAGAGGUGUCUGUCUGCAGGUCCUGGCAGUUGCUUUUAGUAUUUGGUAUCCUAACCUGUCCUUCCUUAUUCACAAGCUGCUUUCUCUGUUCUCAGCAGUGUCCUCACUGCUCCUGUCAGGCUGCACAAGUCGCUCUGAUUGCCCAGUUCUGUAGAAACGAGUAAGCUCAUGGCAGGGGAAGAAGACAGUCGACCCAAAGAGCUUCUCUAACUUAUGCCAAUAUUGCCUUGGAAGGCCUUGGCUCAUCCAGAGGCUAUGUCAAUAAAGAAAUUUCUACCGUGAAUUCAAAGUCCAAAAUCUCUGUUUCAGAAAUCCUCAGGCAUUGGAGUACCCAAAGGCCCCACGGUGGAGAAUUCCAGGAAUAAAUCAAAUCUCCUAUUGAGAGCAAUGAACAUAUUCCCCAGUGUGAAGAUAGCUCUAAAUGUUUCAGGUCACAAAUACAUAUGAACAGUUAGGACAAGAGGAAAUUUUAUUUCCGACUUGAUGCUGGUCACUCAGAGAGGUGGCAUGUUAGCUGGGACAGCCUUUCCAUCUAUAGGACCAGAGCUCCCCCUGAGAAGAAAGGACGGCUGGUUCCUCAGGGCUGUGCGUUGCAACCAUGAGCUUUGUGUUCGCAAGGACUCCUCUGUGGUAGUUACCACAUCGCUCUCAACCAGCUCUGUUCAUAAACUCAGACAGUGCAGUGGCAAUGCAAAGAAGGAGCGUGAACCGAUAUUCCCAGCAUGUGGCAAGUUUUCGUGGCUUUUGUCAGGUGGGGGAGGCCACCUGGGAGUUUGACAGCAGCUUUGUCUCCCCGGGUCUGACGUCAUAUCCCAUGAGGGGUAGCGCAGCGGACGCAAAACUUCUUUCCGUCACUCAAGAUUCCUUUCCCAGCCUACUCUCCCUUCUUGGCUGGUAUGACCUUUUUAUUUUCCCCCCAAGAUUGCCUGGACGGCCUCAUGCUGUCUACAAAAUGGCACUCUGCCUGAGCAUAUGUGAAUGUGUCCCAGACACCGACAUACCAUAUCUUCCGUGUUUUGGUGCGACUGUCGUGAUGUAGAUGGAGUUUAUCCAGGGUAACUAGCUCAUAACUAUUUUUUUUUUUUUUUUUUUUUUUUGGCCUGGGUAAAAAGGUGCAUGGCUCACAUUAGUGGAAAUAAGGAAGGCCUUGUUUUAUCUUUUAGCACUGGCUCCAUUUCACCACCCACAGAGAUUUCUAUCUGCAAGGACCCAGGAAACACUGCAGAGAAAUGCAGGCAAAGGGAAAUGGCCACAUAUCACGAGUUCUAUUAUAUAUUCUUUUGUAAA